GACUGAACGCAGGACAGAAAAGAGUGUUUGUGUUCCAGCAGCUUCAGGAUGCAGAGCACCACCAACUACCUGUGGCUGAUCUCAGACCUGCUGGGCCAGGGCGCCACCGCCAACGUCUACCGCGGCAGACACAAGAAAACAGGGGACCUGUAUGCCGUCAAGGUGUUCAACAACCUGAGCUUCCUGCGUCCUCUGGACGUCCAGAUGAGAGAGUUUGAGGUCCUGAAGAAACUCAACCACAAGAACAUCGUCAAGCUGUUCGCUGUGGAGGAGGAGUCCAACACGCGUCAUAAGGUCCUGGUGAUGGAGUACUGUCCCUGCGGGUCCCUCUACACCGUCCUGGAGGAGUCCUCCAACGCCUACGGACUCCCCGAGGACGAGUUCCUCAUCGUGCUGCACGACGUCGUGGCAGGUAUGAACCACCUGAGGGAGUACGGGAUCGUGCACCGGGACAUUAAACCAGGAAACAUCAUGCGGGUGAUCGGAGAGGACGGACGCUCCGUCUACAAGCUGACGGACUUCGGAGCCGCCAGAGAACUAGAGGACGACGAGCAGUUCGUCUCUCUCUACGGCACCGAGGAGUACCUGCACCCUGACAUGUACGAGCGCGCCGUGCUGCGUAAGGACCACCAGAAGAAGUACGGCGCCACCGUGGACCUGUGGAGCAUCGGGGUCACCUUCUACCACGCCGCCACCGGCUCGCUGCCCUUCAGGCCCUUCGAGGGGCCGCGGCGCAACAAGGAAGUCAUGUAUAAGAUCAUCACUGAGAAACCGUCCGGGACGAUCUCUGGACACCAGAAGUGUGAGAACGGGAAGAUCGAGUGGAGCACCGAGAUGCCCGUCUCCUGCAGCCUCUCCAAGGGUCUCCAGAGCCUGCUGACCCCGGUCCUGGCCAACAUCCUGGAGGCGGACCAGGAGAAGUGUUGGGGCUUCGAUCAGUUCUUCGCUGAGACCAACGACAUCCUGCACCGCACCGUGGUCUACGUGUUCAGCCUGCAGCAGGCCACGCUGCACCACGUCUACAUCCACGAGUACAACACGGCGGCGCUGUUCCAGGAGCUGCUGUCCCGGCGGACCAGCAUCCCGCUGCACCACCAGGAGCUGCUGUACGAGGGCCGCCGCCUGGUCCUGGACCCCAACCGCCAGGCCAAGACCUUCCCCAAGACCUCCAGGGACAACCCCAUUAUGCUGGUCAGCCGCGAGUCCGUCGCCACCGUGGGACUCAUCUUCGAGGACCCCAGUCCUCCUAAAGUCCAACCACGCUACGACCUGGACCUGGACGCCAGCUACGCCAAGACGUUUGCAGGAGACGUGGGUCAUCUGUGGAAGACGUCAGAGUCUCUGCUGGUCUAUCAGGAGCUGGUGAGGAAGGGAGUCAGAGGGUUAAUAGAGCUGAUGAAGGAGGACUACAGUGAGAUUCUCCAUAAGAAGUCUGAGGUCUUCCAUCUGUGUAACGUGUGCACUCAGAUCCUGGAGAAGACGGAGCAGCUGUUCGAGGUUCUGAUGCAGGCCAACAUGAUGUCAUCAGAGUACGACGAGAUCUCCGACAUGCACAAGAAAGUCCUCAGAAUCUCCGGUUCUCUGGAGCCGAUAGAACGAACCACCCAGGACAUCAAGAGUAAACUGGUCCCAGCCGGCCCGCUGACCGACGGCUGGACGCAACAAGUUGGGACGCACCCCGAGGACAGGAAUGUGGAGAAGAUCAAAGUGCUGCUGGACGCCAUCACCGCCAUCUACCAACAGUUCAAGAAGGACAAAGCAGAGAGACGUCUCCCCUACAACGAGGAACAGAUCCACAAGUUUGACAAACAGAAGUUGGUGCUUCACGCCAGUAAAGCUCGCUCUCUGUUCACGGAGGAGUGCGCCAUGAAAUACCGCCUGUUCAUCUCUAAGAGCGAGGAGUGGCUGAGGAAGGUUCAUCACGUGAAGAAGCAGCUGCUCAGCCUGUCCGGUCAGCUGAUCAGCACCGAGAAGGAGGUGACGAUGCUGAUGGAGAGAGCCAUCAAGCUGCAGGAACAGCUUCCUCAGAAGGUUCUUCCUCUGGUGUCCAGUGGGAUGAAGCCUCAGGCCUACCUGAGCCAGAACACGCUGGUGGAGAUGACUCUGGGGAUGAAGAAGCUGAAGGAGGAGAUGGAGGGAGUCGUCAAAGAGCUGGCAGAGAACAACCACUUCCUAGAGAGGUUCGGGACGCUGACGCUGGACGGCGCUCUGAGAGGUUGAAGGUUCAGGAAGUCGCUGCGUCGUCGUUCUUCUUCUGCGGUUUUGUAAAUACUCUGUUGUUUAUGUUGUAAAUAAUGUGAAACUGGACGAUGAUGAAGAUUUUUGUACGAAGUCACGUUCCGACACUCCGCAUUAUAAAAAACCCUGAAACACACUUUAAUUCACUCUGGUGAACUUUAAUUAACUUUAAUUAACUGUUAAAACUAAACGGAUCCUGAAUGUUCAUCUGGAAACAAUAAAUCCUUCAAAAUAAAAUACCUGAGUCACACUGAGGAAGGAGAAAUAUUAAUAUAAAAUAAAACUGUUUAUUGAAACAUUAAAACCUUUCUGUGCUGUAAGUUUUCACUUUCAGGUUAUUACGGGUUUUGGUUUAAUGAAACUUUAUGUUUUUAUUCAUUUAUUACAGUUUUUUUAUGUUUUAAGGGAUUUUAAAGGUUUGGACAUUUCUAAAAUUGACCAUUUACCAUCAAAACAUCAAGUUUAACGUUAACUGGAAAUAAAAAGACGCCUUUAAAAAAACUCUUAAAUCAUUUAAAGUCCCUGAAUUAAAUAAAUUAAACUAUAAUUAAUAAAUCCUGGUCAUAUGAAGGGUGAUCAAAGUAUUAUUUUAUAAAUACUUAGGUUUAUUCCCCUUUAAUAAAAUUAUAUAUUCCAGUCUAUUAAUGUGACAGAAAAUCAGAAUUUCUAAUUAAAAAUCAAUUAAAAUGUAAUUAUUAAUCCGCAGCUGAACCAUCAAAAUGUAUAAAAACUUAGUUAUUAUUAAUGGAUUCAUUCUCAAAUAUUUAAAACUGUGUAAAAAAUAUUAUUUUUUAUUAAUUAAUUAAUUAAUUAAUUAAUGGAGAAAUGAAGGAUUUUUUCCCACUAAACAGUUGAUUUAUAUUGAACAGGUUUUGUCUGUUUUUAUGGAUAAAUUAGAUCAAAUUCAUCUGAAUUAAUUAAAUGUAAUUUAAAGGAUCACGACACGUUAAAUUCUGCCUAAAAAUACUACAAACUUUCAAUUAAAUAACAAACAAAUUAAAUAAAUUAGAAUUAUAUUGUACAAUAAUAAAACAGUAAAAAAUAUUAAAUUAUUAUUAUAAUAUAAAUAAUCAUAAUAAUUAAUAUUAUAUUAAAAUAUAUUUUAAAAGCCCUGAAUUUUAAUUAAAAUUUAAUUGAAUUAAUUAUAAAUUUAAGGCUUCCUUACAUAAUCCAUAAAUCACAUAAAAGACAAACAUGAAUUAUCAUUUUAAUCUCUUUAUUCCCGUCUCUGUCGUCGGGGAACUUUGGGGCAUUUCAGAGUGAAAAUAUAAACAGAUUCACGUAUAAAAUAAAUGCUGUUUAUUUAUUGUUGUUAGCAGCCGAUCAAUAAUCAAUCGAGCUCAGUUCUGAUAUCAAUAAGUUCAUCUCUCCAUCAUCUUCGUUUUCUCCUCUGAGGAUCUUCAUGUUUUAUUUCUUUUGUCAAUAAUUAGCAUUUAAAAUGCUCAAUGAUUGUUUGUUUGAAAAACAUGUAAAUAAAUAAAAAAAUAUCUUAUCGAA